AUUAAAGUCAACUAUUUUUGUUCCACUUCUCUGAUUUUACUUCAAUCAGCAGUAGAGGCGAGAUAUUUGUUUAAUUGGAACUGUUCAAAAGUUAUCUUCAUUACGAGACGAAUGUUACGUGUAUGCGGUAAAUUCCGCUAAAAAUUUUCCUUGUAGAAAUGAAGAAUGAGAAAGCAGUAGAAGAAAAGAGUAAAAAGGAGAUGGCCGCGCUUUCUAAAGCAUACUUAUUUUUGUAUAAUGGUAUUCAAAGUGUGGGGUGGAGCUGUAUAUUAUUUCAAACUGUGAAACUACUAUUAGAAAAUAAAGCUGUAGAUGACUGUUGGGCUUUGUGUGGGAGAAAUCUUCAAAUAUUCCAAACUUUAGCACUUCUAGAAGUUUUUCAUUGUAUGUUUGGUCUUGUCCCAUCUAGUGCCGCUACUACUUUUAUACAAGUGUUCUCCCGUGUCUUUCAAGUUUGGGGAAUUUUAAGUCCGGUUAAAGAGGCACAAGCUUCUCCAGCUUUAGUUCUUACUUUGAUUGCCUGGGGAGUUACUGAAUCAAUAAGAUAUUCUUAUUACUGUUUGAAUUUAAUAGGAUCAGCACCUAAAUUUAUGACUUGGUGCAGGUACACAUUUUUCAUUGGAUUAUAUCCAGCUGGAGUUCUUGGAGAAUCUGGAAAUGUAUAUUAUGCUCUCAAUACCCUCAGAAAUAAGAAGCUAUUUUCUCUUGCUCUUCCAAAUCGCUUGAAUUUUUCAUUCAACUUCUAUUAUGCCACUAUUGCUCUUAUGCUGACUUAUUUUCCUGUGUUUCCCAAACUCUACAUGCACAUGUUUCGCCAAAGAAAGAAGAUAUUAGGUGGACCAGCUCAAACCAUUGCUAAAAAAGUUAAUUAACUCAUACCUUAUACAUCAGUUGCCACUAUGUAUAAGACACACACACACGUUGCCACAUAUCUUAUACAUUAGUGCACAAUUUCAACACUUCUUCCUAUAUUUCCAGCCACGUGCAAUAAAGAAUGUAUAUAUUGUGAGUGUAUUCACACUUAAGAAAUUCAUGUUAUAUUUAAUAUAUAUUUUCAUUUUGUUGACUAAUAAAAUUGAUUUUCUAAAA